AAGAAGUGUCAACAACAUAUUUCAUUCACAGUUGUUCUGUUGUUUCUUUGAAACACACAAAAGUCUGACUAGCUCAUUUCUGUCUCAUUAGAUCAGCAGUAAGAAAACAGCAAACACCGGUUCCCGAUUGAUCAUGGAUGUGCCGGAGACCAGUCAUUCUCAAGAUUCACCAUCGGAUACCACAAAGUAUGUAAAUGAGUCCAGCACGCCCUUAACACCGCACAUGUUGGCCAAAAUUGAACGGAACAGACAACGUGCAUUGAUGCUCAGACAAGCCAGGCUCGCCAGCAGACCAUCUUCAGUUGGAGAAGGUGCUACUUGUGCCAAAGUGGCAAAAACGGUUGACUCUGGUGCAGGGUUCUUUAUAGAGGAGGAGACAGCAGUGGAUGAACAGCAGGAGAGGAGAGUUGUCCAUCAACCUGCCCCAGUGAUGGAGCCUGAUUACCUGAUGUGUGAGGAGUGUCAAAAGCCAUUUAUGGACUCUUAUCUCAGCAACAGCUUUGAUCUGUCUGUGUGUGACAAAUGCAGAGACAAUGAAGAGAAGCACAAGCUGAUAUCUCGCACGGAAGCGAAGCAGACUUUCCUUAUGAAGGAUUGUGAUCUGGAUAAGAGGGAACCACCACUACGAUUUAUCCUGAGGAAAAAUCCUCACAACUCACACUGGGGAGACAUGAAACUCUACUUGAAGACUCAGGUGGUGAAACGGUCUCUGGAGGUGUGGGGCAGUGAGGAGGCCCUUGAGGAGGCCAAGGAGAGUCGAGAGGAGAACAGGGAGGUGCAGAAGCAGAAACGCUUCAACAAAAAAGUUAAAGAGCUAAGGCGGGCGGUGAGGAGCAGUAUGUUUAAGAAGGAUACCAGCAUUCACCAGCAUGAGUACGGCCCUGAGGAGCUGCUAGAUGAAGAGGAAGAUCUCUACAGGAAGGUGUGUCGCACCUGUGGACACGAACUCACUUUUGAGAAAAUGUAAAUGUGUCUUUAACUCCUCACUGCCAUGGUGGCUACUGUACAGGGAAGACGCAGGGUACAGAUUCAAACUGAAGAGUAAACCUGAUGACCAUCUUCGUGUUUCUGGUCUUCCAUCCAACAGCAACAUUCUCUUGGCUCUAAAUCUAGUAAGCAAUAUGGGCUUCUGUUUGGAUAAAUGGUUGGCUUGAACUUCUGAAGUUCGGUAAAGGACAUUUUUUUUUUUAUCAAGAUGGAGCCUCUGGUUAGCUGUUGACUUUUUUGCCUUCUGGAGAAGUGAAGAAAUAGCAUUAUAGUAGUGUUUUUGGAGAUUAGUAAACGCUGAACUGAAUUUAAACACAAGAGGGCACUGUAGAGCUACUAUAUUCAGAAAAUGAAGAUCAAAAACUAUAAUGAAGAUCAAAAACUAUGGUGUGUUCUUGGACGAAAUGUAAGAACACCUUAAUAUUAUUAAAAUGUUGAGUGUGCUCUGUAGCUUUAUAAUGACAAUGGAGAAAUGCAAAUGACCAACAUGAAAUAUAUUGUACUCGAUCAAAUGCAUAUAUAAUAUUUAAAACCGUUUUACCAGAACAGAUAAUGUUAUACCAUAAUAUUAAUGCUAGCAGCACCAAACUGUUCUAAAGUUAAAUCUGGAAACAUGAUCUCAUUUCUCCAUCUUCUACUUCAUGAAAUCCAGCCUGUUCAUUCGCAUAUUGGUGAUUCCAUUCGGUGAGGGAUGCAGCUACUGAGAAAUUCUCUCAUGGAGUUCUGUUUCAGUGGUCACACACACUGAAGUAUCAGACCUCCCACACUCACAAAUAGCACUUACACACUCAUUCCUUAAUAGUCACUCUUUUACACAACUCACCUUCAAUGAAGUGUCAAAUGAGGAGUAGAUCAUACCUGCUGGAUGAUAAACAAUGAACUUAGUCUAUAAAAGUUGUUUAGAAAAGGAACUCUUGUUUUUAAAUAAACUUUUUAUACAUAGUCACAUAAAAAUAAAUAUUAUAUUCUGUUCUGUUUAAAUUUAUUUUAUUUUAUUAUGCAAUGUCCGAAUCAACAUCAACACAUAUGAUUCUUCAGGGACCCCAUAUGUUAAAGCAGGGGUGGGGAACGUCAGGCCUCAGGGUCGUAUAAGGCCCGCAAGACCAUUUUACCCAGCCCACAAGGCCAUUUGAGAAAUAAUUUGAAAAGCAAAAAAUGGCCUUGAUUCAAUUAACCUGAGAAAAAAAUAAUUUUUCAUACAUUUAAAUGAUAACAGCACAAAAUAUUCUAUGUUUUUGGUGUGUGAGCACGUAACAGAAUGUGUAGAUUAAUUUCAACCCAUAAUAAGAAAUUGCAAGCAAUUGUGUGGCCCCGUAAAUAAUUUUGUAAAUACUCAAAUGGCCUUUAAUGGAAAAAAGGUUCCCUACCCCUGUGUUAAAGAGAUAGCUAUCCCAAAAAUGAAAAUUCUCAUGAAUCAUUUACUCCCCCUUAUGCCAUCCUAGUGAAUUACUUUUUUCUUCUGUUGAAUACAAACGAAGAUUUUUUGAAGAAUUUUUUCAGCUCUGUAGGUCCAUACAAUGCAAGUGAAUGGGUGGCAAAAUUUGGAAGCUCCAAAAUGCACAUAGAGUCAGCAUAAAAGUAAUCUAUAAGACUCCAGUGGUUAAAUAGAUAUCUUCUGAAGUGAUAUAAGUGUGGGUGAGAAACAGAUUAAUAUUUAAGUUAAUAAAUUGUGAAAAAAAAAUUCUAAAAAUCUUCAUUGUGUUCAGCAGAAGAAAGGAAUCAUACCUGGCAUGGCAUGAGUAUGAGUAAAGGAAUUUCAAUUUUUGGGUGAACUAUCCCAUUAAGACAACAGACUUAAGACCACAUGCCCAAUUUUACUGUAGUGCUUCUGGAAUCUUGUGUGUAUGUAAGAGAGGGAAUGCGUUAUGUUCCUUUUGUCGUAUAGUUUUCACAGGGGCAGGGUUACAGAUGCCUUGCAUUACUGACAUUAUUGAUGUUAGCUGUAUAUCUUGUAUGUUUUUUUUAAGUCUCUGGCCCCUUUGGGCCACCGUAGUAGUACAACCAACCAAAGGAUACUGUGACUAGCUCCACUUCUAUGCUGAAAUGUAUUUGUUCCAUAUGUAGCACCCUAGAAAAUACAUAGAUGAAAAUGGUAUUUCCCUAUAAACCAACUUUUCUGCUAAAAUACUUAAAAUACAAAUGUACAUUAUGUGUUAUGUGGACGAAUAAGUAUGUGCAUCCAUGUUAAGUAGAUGUAGUCUAAUGAAACCUCUCAAGAACAUGUCCUGAAAAUAAAGAAAAAGGUAUGCACAUCCAACCCGAGUUGGGCACAGGCGCAAAACAAUGCAAUAAUCAAAGAAAACAUGGUAUGUGUCCACACACUGAUUUUACCGAUCCACAAAUACUUUAUAGGCUUACACUUGUACUGUUUCGACCAUUAGGUCUUUGUCAGGCAAAAAGACGAAGACCUAAAGAUUCAAACGUUGAAAUUGGAAGUCAAUAAGGUAUUUUUGGAGAAGUAAAAUCAGUGUGUGGACAAGAACGUGCCCUGGUCAUGGUUCACACCAAGAGUAAAAGAAAGAAAUUAGCUUAAAAGGACAUGAAGCCUGUUUUAGGAACAUUAUUAUUAUUAUUGUAUUGGGACAUUAUCAUGACAAUAUACAAUGUACCCCUCUCCCUGCUAUUUCUCAAUAAUGUCAUGCUAAAAAAUAUAUAUAUAUUCAAAUGGUAAAGUAUUUUACAUCAUGGUAAUCAUACUUGUUUUACUGCCUUUAAUAUGUGAUAUGAAUCAAAUGUUUUACAUUUUAUUUAAAAUUGUCAUAAAUUACUGUAUGUAUUACAUUAAUUAGAAUGCAAUGAGAAUCACCACUGACAAUAAUGGGAAUUAGCAAAUAAUAGUAAUAAUAACAAACAAGAAAAAUGUCUGAGCACAUUAUGGUAAUGAGAAUUAGAGGAGAAAUGUAUUAAUUGUUAUGAAAACAAUAUCAACAUUCAGAAAAUCUUCCUAAUAUAGGCUUCAUUGUUUGUGCAAAAAUAAAUUAUAUAUAUGUAAAAUGUUUUGCAGUAAUUUAUGAUAAAUAUGAAUAAAAUUUUUGGUUGGGGAUGUUGCUUAAUUGUCAUGAAAAUAAUGUAAACAUGAAAAAAAAUUUUUUCAUGAGUUUGAAACCGUAUUGACCUUUGGGGUCAACGUAAGGGUGAAAGACCAGGACAGCGGAGUGAGUGUGUG